AAAACGAUGACGUGAAACGAUGAAGUCUUGCUGUGUUGUCACCAUCUGCUCGCACAGGAACAAACUGCUUCAAAGCAAACAUGAUGAAAUAAACAGACGAGUCAAGUUGCGAAAAACGGCAAGGCUACAUUGCAAAAUGGCCCCAGAACGGAACAUAUCUCAAUAACGUAUACAGCCAGAGGAAAUAGAGUUAAUAUUUGUUCUAAGUACGCAGUAGUUGUGAGUGUCCCACCACUGCGCGAGGAUGAACGUGGGCACGGCGCACAGCGAGGUCAAUCCAAACACGCGAGUAAUGAACAGCAGGGGUAUAUGGCUCUCCUAUGUGCUUGGCAUCGGCCUCCUACACGUCAUAUUGCUCAGCAUCCCCUUCGUCAGCGUGCCUGUGGUCUGGACCCUAACCAACCUCAUCCACAACAUGUGCAUGUAUAUCCUCCUACACACGGUAAAAGGAACACCGUUUGAGACUCCGGACCAAGGCAAGGCCCGGCUUCUGACCCACUGGGAACAGAUGGACUACGGGGUCCAGUUCACCGCCUCUCGAAAGUUUCUCACCAUCACCCCUAUUAUACUGUAUUUCCUGACCAGUUUCUAUACAAAGUAUGACAGGGUCCACUUCAUCAUCAACACCAUUUCCCUGCUCACUGUGCUUGUCCCCAAACUGCCUCAGUUCCACGGGGUCCGUCUCUUUGGAAUUAAUAAGUACUGACAAGGCUUUGCUCUUCAGCACAAGAGGAUGUGUAGGAAUUAAAAAUAGAGAAAUUGAGGGCUUCAUCGGAUGCUCUGCUGCUUUGUGGACCAAGUUGCUGAAUAAUCUGCUAUGGUAUUACUUUUAUUGAUGUUAUUUGUAUAAUAUUCAGAAGAUACAAACACAUUUGUAGAACCACAAGCAGAAUACAGCAAAAGAGGCUCUCUGGAUAUGUUAGGACCACCUUUAUACUAUGCUGCGUUAUGUAUGUCAUUUGGAACUGUGUGUUAGAUUUCAGUCACUUUGGCAGAAAUGCUACAUUGAUGCAGUGAAUCAGAUGGGUUAAAAAUAAGCUGGUUCAUCUCUUCCUAUCUGUUUUGGGGGCCUGAGUCGGCACGUUCCAAUGUUCCCGACCCCAAUGUUCAGCACUUGAGUGUUAAAAAGAGAAAAAAGGUACUUACUGAAGAACGUGUACAAGGCUAUUUUUAGCCAAAAGACUGGCUAUAAUUCCAUUGUUGGACGAUGUCAUCCUAUUUAAAACAAAACGAGUUGCAUUUUAUACAUGCACAACCUGUUAAAAUGUUUUAAUCAUUUGUUGGUUGCAGUGCUCCAUAUCUAGUCUUUCACUAUUUUAUAACAUGCACUAAUAUUGAAGAACAAAAAAAGUUAGUUGCACACAUGGGAAUUAAAAACCUGUAAGAGUGGUUUCAUAUGGGGAGAACAGGCACAAGGGAAUAUUGGAUUGGAACUUUUUUCCCCCAAGUCAGAAACUGCAGUCUAACUGUGCACAUGACCUUUAGACCUUGAAUCUGUCUUGGUGGACACUUGUGUACAGCUACUGCACUUCAUGUCCAGGUCUGAGUGAGGAUAGAUUAAAUGGUAAUGCAGUUUGCUAAACCUACAUAAUAUUUCUGUGAAGCAACAUCAAAAUGUGAAUAAGAUGUGAAAGUGUUUAUCAUUGUUAACGGACGGUUAAUCACAAUGUUCACCUUUACCAUGUCGGACGGUCUCACAAAGGCAGUAACUGAAGCAACAUUUAUUAUUAUUAUUAUUAUCUUUUAAUUAGCGAUUUAAAGCAAACCUGUCUGUCACAGUACAUCUACAGAUUUUAGUUUUGACCAAAUAUGUAGCUACUGCAUUUUGCCUUUGUACAGCAGUAUGGACUGAUGACAGUCCCUGUGAUAUGCAUUUUGCAUUUGACAGCACUAAACUGAGCCUAAUUUAUAAU